GCUGUCUUACAAUCAUGGAUACUUCAUGGCUAUGGACGCUGUUUUUGGCAGUAUUACUCUCCUAUAUAUACUCAUUAUGGAAAAGAACCUACAAGAAAAGCAAUCUCCCCCCAGGUCCAACCCCUCUCCCCAUCAUUGGAAACUUACUGCAUGUAAAGAGGGGGGAACUUGUAAAGUCUUUGAUGAAACUGUGGAAAACGUAUGGCUCUGUGUAUACUCUUUACUUUGGGUCAAAACCUGUAGUUAUACUUUGUGGCCACCAAACCGUGAAAGAAGCUCUUGUUGAUCAAGCUGACGACUUCAGUGGACGGGGAAAGAUGCCUACUGUGGACAGAAUUCUUCAAGGUUAUGGAGUUAUAAUGGCUAAUGGAGAGCGCUGGAAACAGCUACGUCGCUUUACUAUUACAACCUUAAGGAAUUUCGGUAUGGGGAAGCGGAGCAUUGAAGAAAGAAUACAGGAGGAGGCCCAGAGUCUGGUAGAGGCUAUUCGAAAAUGUGAACAGCGGCCAUUUAAUCCAACAAACCUUUUGGUUCAAGCUGUGUCCAAUGUGAUCUGCUCUGUGGUGUUUGGAAAACGGUUUGAGUAUGAAGAUGUUGAGUUUCUAAAACUUCUGAACCUGCUUAAUGAGUCCUUUAUACAUUUCAGCUCUACGUGGGGACAGCUGCAAGAUAUGCUGCCCAAAAUUAUGGAUCACAUUCCGGGACCUCAUCAUAAGGUUGAUGCCAUCCUAAAUAUGUUUGCUCAGUUUGUUAAGGAGAGAGCAAAGGAAAAUAAUAAAACUCUGGAUCCAACAUCACCCCGUGAUUACAUAGACUGCUUUCUUAUCAAAAUGAAACAGGAUAAUCAAAACCCAGCUUCUGAAUUUGGCAUGAAGAACCUUGUAAUGUCUACCUCAGGCCUAUUCUUUGCUGGAACAGAGACGGUCAGCAGCACCUUAAGACAUGGGUUACUCAUUCUUCUCAAGUAUCCAGAAAUUGAAGCGAAAAUUCAUGAGGAAAUAGACCGUGUGAUUGGCCAGAACCGCAACCCAACCAUCGAUGACCGAAACAAGAUGCCAUAUACAGAUGCUGUAAUACAUGAGAUUCAAAGAUUUAGUGAUGUUAUUCCUAUGAGUGUCCCUCACUGCGUCACAAGGGACACCACGUUCCAUGGCUACACCAUACCCGCGGGAACUGAUGUCUUACCAUUGUUGUGUACUGUUCUCCGGGAUCCAACCCAAUUUGCUACGCCUGAAAAAUUUAACCCUGGACACUUUCUGGACAGUAACGGAUGCUUUAAGAAAAGUGAUGCAUUUGUGCCAUUUUCUACAGGAAAACGCAUCUGCGCUGGGGAAGGUCUAGCUAAAAUGGAACUUUUCUUGUUCUUGACUUACAUCCUCCAGAAUUUUAAGCUGUCCUCAAAAACCCAAUUCACAGACGAUUAUAUCAAGCCUCAAAUGACUGGAUUUUCCAAUGUUCCAAAACCAUACGAGUUAUCAUUUAUACCUCGAAUUUAAAAACACCUAAUAAAACUACAAGAUAAA